CUUUGUAAGGCCUGUAUGCAUUUUACUACUGUCUUAUUAUUGGAGACCGGCUUGCUUUUUUCACUCUUGUAUCUUCCAAUCCCUAGUCCAAUAGUCCGAUAAUCCAAUCGCUACAACUUUCUCGCUAUCGAUAUCCCUUUCCCGCCCUUUUCUUCGAUUUAAGAAACAAAAUACGUACAUGCAGACCAUGAUCUAAGAAGGGCACGAGGACACCAGCCCUACCAUGUUACGACGGAUUAUCCGUCCCGCACGACGCCUACCAAUAUGGCUUUUACUCUCCGUCGCCGCGCCUUUCGUCUUCGAGGUUAUUUUACAUCUAUGGCGGUAUAACGUGCCGAAGCCUGCGAGCGAGCUCGAUACACCGUUUUUUACAUCAUGUCAAGAGCCCGACAUUAGUGCGAAACGAGAGAACGCGAUCCUAGUAAUGCUUGCGCGAAACCACGAACUCGAGAAGGCUAAUAAAACAAUUACUUCGAUUGAAAGACAAUUCAACAAGUGGUUCAACUAUCCUAUCUUAUUCCUCAAUGACAACCAGUGGGAUCCUAAGUUCAUAGAGGUACUAAAUAAGACGUCACGAGGAUUGGCAACUUUCGAAGUCAUACCGCAGGAAACAUGGACAUUUCCCGAGGGCGUGGAUGCGAAUGCAGCGAAACAGAAUAUAAAAGAGCAGGGCGAGAUGGGGAUUCCGCAUGCGGGUGAAGAAGGAUACCAUCACAUGUGUCGCUUUUAUUCGGGAAAAUUCUACCUGCUCGAUGCGUUAAAGAAAUAUAAGUGGUACUGGCGACUCGAACCCGAUGUCGAUUUCAACUGCGCGAUCUCAUACGACCCCUUUGUUCAGAUGGCACGACACAAGAAGGUCUAUGGCUUUACGAUUGCGUUGUGGGAAAUAGGGAAAUCAUGUCCUGGCCUAUUCCGCUCCGUCGCGGAUUGGAAGGAGAUGAUGGGUAUCCCUACAAAUAACCUCUGGAAGGCUAUGGUAUCGGCUUCGUGGAUGCCAUUCCCAUUUCGACGAUUCAUGAGCUGGCUUCCGCACCGUGAUGCCUAUGGCGAUGAAUGGAGCUUAUGCCAUUACUGGAGCAACUUUGAGAUUGCCGACAUGGACUUUUUCCGAACGAGGGCGUACCAGGAUCUCUUCGAGUACUUAGACAAGAAGGGCGGGUUCUACUUUGAGCGGUGGGGUGACGCCGCGGUACACUCCCUUGCCGUCGCAAUGCUCGUAGAUCCGCGUAAAGUACACCAUUUCGAGGACUUCGGAUAUCGACAUGACCACCUAUACCAAUGCCCUGCCAAUGCGCCGGGUGGCCAGCUACCCGAGUCUCAGUUGCUAGGGAGCGGGACGUGGUCACCAGAGAUGGAUAACGGAAUCGGGUGUCGCUGCGAAUGCGACGGGCGGGUACAAAGUAACUACGGGGGUUACUGCUUGAACAAACUAAAGCAACCUACGACUGUAAAACGGCCGUGGUUCACGUGGCUCCUAUAGCAUAGGAUAAUCGGCAUUUUGGUUGUUUCCAUCUGUUGUUAUUCCCUCCUGACC